AUGAUGAGUAAGACCUACUUCCCUUAGAGUCAUAGCAAGCCAGAAGGAGUUUACAGAGUGAGUAAAAACAUAAGAAUAAAGGAUGAUGAACUCCCUUUCACUAAGAUCAACAUUAAUAAUAAGCCAAGAGUUCCAGCUUUCGAUUCUUCAUUGAUGCAAAACUCGAUUGAAGUACUUCAAAAGACGUAUUACAAUAUUGCUCAUCCUCCAAAUAAAAAGCCAUUGUCAAAAUUGAAAUUGUAACCAUCACUGUCUACCACCAAUGAGAUGGUUGCUAGUAUGCCACAUACAACUAAAUAUUGUUAGUAUAGUGAUGAAUUUCUGAGAGCUUAAGCAAAAUAAAAUCAACUAGAAAGUGAACUUGAUGGGGAUAUUUAGAAAUCUAUCAAGAGAACAAGCUCUGUCGCAGACUACUACAAGAAUUAUGGAUUCUUUUACCUGACUAAGAGUAGCUAGAACUACGCAAAUACUAUCAACUCAUUGGCCAAUUUUGAAAAGUCUAAGGUUCUAGAACUAGAUAAUUGGUUUACUAAAAAGAUUGACUUCAAAAAAAAUGAGGAUCCAGACAUGAUGCUGAAGAAUAAACUUAUCUAGCAAAGUGAAAUUUUAGAGGCUACCAAUUUUUAACUGAAGAGUGUUUUAAAGCAAAAAUCAGAAAUGUUCUAACCAGGAAAGUCUAUAAAGCUAAUGGCUUUAGAUUCAAAACUACUAUCUAAAAAUGCUACUGAGUUAAGAUCAUCAGCAUUGAGUCCUUCAUAACCAAGAAAUCUUAAAGCUAGUGAAAGCCAUGCGAACAUUUUGAAUAAGAAAUUAUAACCUCUGAUAUAGAUAAACGAUUAAACUGAUACUCAGAUAUAAGGAAAUGACUAGAUGUUGGGAACUUAGAAUAGUAAAUUCCUUAACAAUAAUGAUAGUUCCUUAAAUACUACAAAUUAGUAGUUCUCGCCUGGGAAAUUUACUUAUAUGGAAGAUGAACCAAUAAUCAUGCCACUGUCCAAAAAGUAAAUGUGGGAGAUAAAAGAGAGAAAUACAACAGUGGAGGUCAAACUAUAGUACACAAUCAUAAAGUUAGAAGAAAAAAUGAAUGAAAUGAAGUAGAAACUUGAAUCGCUAAGAAUUGAAAAUUGCAACUUGUCAGAAAUAAUCAAGUCUAAGUAUGGUUAGGAAAUGCAAAGUUAGUAUUUCAGUGAUGGGCUAACAGAUGGGUCAAGGACAUCUAAAAUUUCACCAAAUCUGAUGAGAUCAAAGAGAGCUACUGGGAAGGUUGAAGAUUUUAUGAAAAUGAAGGCUGUUAGAGACCAGCUGAAUUAAAAAAAAGAAAAAAUUAAUGGAAAGAUAGCUAAAUGUAAUGAGAGAAUUCAAAACAAUGUUAAUCAAAUACACAUGUUCGAAUAUGAAGUAGACUAAAUAAGAAAAGAUAUCAAUUCAACUAAGGCUGAAUAAGUUGAGCAUUAUCAAAAGCUAUUAAAAGAGGGAAUUGAUUCAAGAAAGGACGGGCUAAUUUGGAUUAUCAAAGCCAUCUGGCACCUAGGUAAUGAUGUGAAUCUAGCUGAUAUGCCUAACUAUCUAGAUAGUGAAUCAAUAAGCUUUUUACUUGACUAUGGCAAACUGGAUAUUAAAAGAAGUGAGCUUCAUCACAUGCUCAAAGAUUUGAAACUAAGAUGCAGAAAAGAUAGAAUUCAUCAAGUAUACAGAAACAAGUCAAUGAGCAUGUCAAGAGGAGAAUCUUAAGAGAGACAAAACUAAUCUCCUCCUCCAAAGAGCUUUGGAUUCUUUAAGAAGAGUGGAGAAAGCAACAAGCAAAAGAAGGCACAGCAAAGAAUGGAUUUAUUUGGCAAAAAAACAAAGGAAGAGAUUCUUAAACAAGCCAAAGAGAAGCUUCAUGAAAUGGCUUAAACAAUUGAAGUAGUCAAUUAAGCUGUUGAAGAAAAUGAGGACAUCGAUAUUUUAAUGCAACUCUAUGAAGAGCAUAAAAGUCAUGAGAUUAGCAGUUAGGAAAUAAGUGAGGAGGAAACAGUUUAACUACAAUCAUCUCAAAAAUUUGUUUAAUCUCCAUUGGUUGUUGAAGGAGUCUCAUCCUAUCAGAGAAGGGAGUCUUUGAUUGACAUAGAUAGGAUGCAGAAAUAAUUUGCCAAGAUAGACUAGAAAACUCUGGAAAUUGAAAUAGUCAAUCUCGAGAAGAGAUAUUCUGGACUUAAGACUAAAAUGAGGAGACUUAAAUAAGAGGCUCUCGAAAGAAUAGGAAAGGAGUUUAUGCUUAAUAAUUACUAAAAGAGAUUUAAAAUCAAUCAAGAGGUUGUACUUUCUGCUAUCGUUGGGGAAGACAAGGCAAAGGAGACCAUGAGCAAGUAGCUUAAAAAGCAAGACGACUACAGGAGAAUAGUAGAAAAGAACAAGACCUUCACAUUCUCUUCAUUAAGAAUGACUACCACGACAGUAAACAGACAAACAAUGAAUACUCUACACAAAUCUUGA